ACGGUCCGGUCACCGCGCAGCGUGAACUCCUAUCGACGCGUGUCUGCAGACACAUGUUUGAUCCACGGUGUUACAAGGCUGCACAGGGGAUCCGAGCAGAAUUUGAUGCAACAGUUUAACAGUUUUCUUUAACGGUUGACUCCUCUUGACUAUGCAACGUCUGAUGUAUUGACAGAGAAGGGAAGGGGCAUCGUUGUUGCACUUCUGACAGAAUGAAGAUGAGAGAGGGGAAGAUUGUGAACCAGGGACUGGAGGAUGAGAUGGAGGUGUGGGGGUACCAGCCCUGUCUGUGGAAGAUGAUCCUGGUGGGUGUGGGUGCUGUGUGCUCCGGGGGUCUCCUGCUGCUGCUGCUCUACUGGCUGCCUGAAUGGGGCGUCAAGGGCACCUGCACACACACCUCACUGAGGGACGCACGCACACUGCUGCUCAGGACCACGGAUGAGUUCAGGCAGUGGUUUCGAGCCAAAGUGCACGUGAUGUUGGCCCCAGGGAAGAAACCCUUCGACAGUCUUGAUCUGCAGUCCAUGGCUCAGCUGCCAAAUGGAGACGGAGACCAAUGCAUCAGUGCUGCGCACGAGGAUCAUCAUGAGAAAUUUUCCCACAGGCAACAUGCUCAGAUCCACUACUUCACCCACCACAGCACUAAAUACUACUGGAAUGAUGAGACGCAGAACUUUGAAUUGUAUAAAGGCUUGGAGGAUGUGAAGCUGAGCUGUGCAAGCAUCCACUCUGACCACAGUGCUGGACUUUCUAAAACACUGCAGGGCUACAGGAUGUUGUUUUUCGGGGAGAAUGAGAUUGCUGUAAGAGUGCCCUCUCCAUUCAAGCUCCUCAUAAAGGAAGUCUUGAAUCCCUUCUACAUCUUCCAGCUCUUCAGUGUUAUCCUGUGGAGUGCUGAGGACUAUUAUUAUUAUGCUACAGCCAUAGUUUUCAUGUCCGUCAUUUCAAUAGCUACCUCACUGUAUACCAUAAAAAAGCAAUAUGUGAUGCUACAUGAUAUGGUGGCAGCACACAGCGUGCUCCGUGUUUCAGUGUGCAGAGAAAAUAAAGAUAUUGAACAGGCCAUGUCAACAGAGCUUGUGCCCGGUGAUGUCAUCAUUAUUCCAGCCAACGGGAUGAUCAUGCCCUGCGACGCUGUGCUCAUCCAUGGGACCUGCAUCGUAAACGAGAGCAUGCUGACAGGAGAGAGCGUGCCAGUUACCAAGACAAGUCUGCCUUGUUCCGGGGAGGAGGCAGCCAGGAGCUACGACAUGGAGGAGCACAAGAGGCACACCUUGUUUUGUGGUACCCAUGUCAUCCAGACCCGCUUCUACACUGGUGAACUAGUGAAGGCUGUUGUGGUCAGAACAGGCUUCAGUACAGAAAAAGGCCAACUUGUGCGCUCUAUCCUCUACCCUAAACCCAUAGACUUCAAGCUGUACCGUGAUGCUUACCUGUUCUUGUUGUGUCUGGUGGGGGUGGCAGGGAUCGGCUUCAUCUACACCAUAGUCCUCAGUAUCAUGAACAAGGUUCCAGCUAAAACCAUCAUAACUGAAUCUCUGGACAUUGUCACCAUUACUGUGCCCCCGGCAUUGCCGGCAGCCAUGACUACUGGUAUCGUGUAUGCACAGCGGCGUCUGAAGCGUGUCGGCAUCUUUUGCAUCAGUCCUCAGAGGAUCAACAUGUGUGGUCAACUUAACCUGGUUUGCUUUGACAAGACUGGUACUCUGACAGAGGAUGGUUUGGACCUGUGGGGUAUUCAGAGAGUUGAAGAUGGCAGCUUUUCUCCUCCAGAGUCAGAUGCAGCCAAAGAACGUCUGGUGAACACUGCGUUUGUGUCCUGCAUGGCUACCUGCCACUCGUUGACCAAGAUAGAGGGUGAACUCUCUGGAGACCCCUUAGAUCUGAAGAUGUUCAGCGCUACAGGCUGGGUCCUUGAAGAGCCCACAGAGGAAGAGACUGCACUCCACAAUCCCAUAAUGCCCACAGUUGUGCGACCUCCAAAGCACAACAUCCUUGAAGGCAAUCAGAACAUGGAACUGUCUGAAUUAUCAUCCUUUGAGAUUGGCAUUGUGCGUCAGUUCCCUUUCUCCUCGGCCCUGCAGAGAAUGAGUGUAGUGGUCAGGAAGUUGGGGGAAAAACACAUGGACGCUUACUUGAAAGGAGCACCGGAAGUUGUGGCCAACCUCUGCAUACAGCACACAGUCCCACAGAGUUUCACAGACACUCUGGAGACCUACACCAGGCAGGGCUACAGGGUUAUUGCCCUGGCACAUCGACAGCUUGAGUCCAAACUCUCCUGGCACAAAGUACAGAGCCUCAGCAGGGACCUGAUAGAAACCAACAUGGAGUUCCUUGGUUUAAUCAUCAUGCAGAAUAAAAUAAAAGAGGAGACUGCCGGAGUUUUGCAUGAAUUACGACAAGCUAACAUCCGCACUUUGAUGGUCACAGGUGACAACAUGUUGACGGCGAUAUCAGUGGCUCGAGAUUGUGGGAUGGUCCGUACGCAAGAGAGGGUCAUUAUAGCUGAUGCGGUGCCCCCGAAGGAUUUCCACCCUGCUAGUAUCACAUGGCAUUACACUGAAAACCCCACUCAGACCAUUAAGGACAAUCAGAUGGUGCAGGUAAACGUGGGGGAGGAGGUAUGUGACCUGCAAGUUACUCAGCAGGAACAAGGCUAUCACUUCGCUGUGAGCGGCAAAGCCUUCGCUGUUAUCACUGAGCACUUCCCUCAACUUGUCCAGAAGCUCGUGCUGAGAGCCACUGUGUUUGCCCGCAUGGCUCCAGACCAGAAGACUCAGCUGGUGGAAGUUCUGCAGAGCAUCGACUACACUGUUGGAAUGUGUGGUGAUGGCGCUAAUGACUGUGGAGCUUUGAAGAGAGCUCACAGUGGGAUCUCUCUGUCUGAGCUGGAGGCUUCUGUUGCUUCACCCUUCACCUCCACUACCUCAAACAUCUCCUGUGUCCCCAACCUUAUCCGGGAGGGCCGAGCUGCACUCAUUACAUCAUUUUGCGUAUUCAAGUUCAUGGCUCUCUACAGCAUCAUCCAGUACCUCAGUGUCACGCUCCUCUACUCGAUUCUCAGCAACUUGGGAGACUUCCAGUUCCUCUUCAUUGACAUCGCCAUCAUUCUCAUCAUUGCCUUUACAAUGAGUCUGAACCCGUCGUGGAAGGAGCUGGUAUGGCGUCGGCCGCCGUCAAGUCUGAUCUCUGGCCCGCUGCUCUGCUCAGUUCUGACCCAGAUCCUCACCUGUCUGGUCUUCCAGGUCCUGGCUUUCCUCUUAGUACGACAGCAGAGCUGGUAUGAGACAUGGACACCUCAGUCAGAUGCCUGUAAUGUUUCCAGCUCCAGUCUCUCUCACAGCCUGAAUUUAACAACCCCUCACGACCACAAAAACAUCAGGAACUACGAGAACACAACCCUCUUCUACGUCUCCUCCUUCCAGUAUUUGGCCGUGGCCAUUGUUUUCUCCAAGGGAAAGCCCUUCAGACAGCCUAGCUACAAGAACUGGCCUUUCAUGCUGUCCUGCCUUGGCCUGUACACCUUUCUCCUCCUCAUCAUGCUGUAUCCUGUUCCUGCCAUCGACAGCUUUCUGGAGAUCGUGUGUGUUCCCCAUGACUGGCGCGUCACACUGGUCAUCAUUGUCACAAUGAAUGCGGCCGUGUCUUUCAUGCUGGAGAUUUUGAUCCUUGACGUCAUCUUGUGGAGGCUAGUUUUCAGAGGCAAUCAGGGGGUAAAUCGCCCCACAGAGCCCCCCUCUGCUCACACAACUCAGGUGACCAAUGACCGCUGGGGCUCAUCCUUCCUCUCCUGGUUGUUCUGUCGGAGAAACAAGUCCCCAAGGGUGCGCUACAUGCACGUGGCCUUAGAGCUGCAGGAUGACGCCGACUGGCCCCCCAGACCCUCCACUGUCACCUAUGCCAGCGAUCCACAAUCCCACAUCUCUGCCCCCCUCUGACACCAACGUGACCAACAAGCAAACUACUAAACCUAAACCCCCUAAAACCCCCAACAAGCCUUCGUGUUGACACAGAGAUGUGACGAAUGCCCUCAGACGACGUUUCUAGGAUGCGGAGCCUGCUGAAUGCUCGGCGAUCAAUCCAGGAGGCUCUUGAAAGGUGAAGCCUCCUACUGCAACAACUGACACUGUGAACUGCUACACAGAAAGUUCUCUUACUUUUUGAUUCACCUCAUCAGAGCUUAUUUUAGCCGUACUGUCAUUUCACACAACCUCAGCCAGAGACCUCUGUUGAACGACAUUUUGGGGAACUCUGUAUGCUUAUUUGGAGAGUUACAUGAGAAGAAAGAUAUCACUCUCAUAGCUGUACGUUAAAUAUGAAUGUAAUGACAGUAGUCGGUUAGUUUAGCUUAGCACAAAAGAAAUGGGUAAACAGCUAGCCUGGCUCUGUCCUUAAGGGUAAAAAUCUUCUAAAGCUCACUGAUAAAACAUUUGGUUUAAUUCAUACUUAAAAUGAAGCAUAAAAAUGUGUGGUUUUACAAGUGGUUAAGUCUCUGCUGGUUAUCUGGCAACCUCACGGUAAUUACCAGGCUCCAGGCUAGCUGUUUCCCUGUGUUUCCGCUCUUUGUGCUAAGCUACGCUAACCGGCUGCUGUCUAUAGCUUCAUAUUUACUGUACAGAAACGAGAGACUGGGAUUGGUCUUCUCAGGUAACUCUCAACAAGAAAACGUAAAGUGUAAUCCCUAAAAUGUCAAACUAUUCCUUUUCAGAUGACUGGAUGGGUAUACUAUGAAGCGAGAUUAAUGGGUCAGCGAAGUAUGUUGAGCCUAAAGCCAGAGUUUUCAGUGUCACAAAGGUUAUCCCCUUUUAACCUUGCUAGAUCGCCAUUCUGCACAUCUAACCAGCUCUGGAGGAGGUUAUGUUCAGAGUUUGUGUCUCCCAAUUUUUUUCCUGACCAUAUUCGCUGAGAUAAAGAUUAUCAACUGUGGGAAUAUGAAACUUAAUGCCACAGAAAGAAGCCAUGCAAUUACAGUAGCACAAACUGCAUACGUCGCAUUGUUUGUUUUUGGCCACGAGAACCUACGUGCAUUCAGUUAGUGAAGCAAAAAGCUUUUUUCCUGUUUGCUUCAGGUAAAAUUAACACUUCAUUAUCCAUACACUAAAAGAAAGAAGAAUCAAAGCACAGCAAUUAGCCUACAGACUACAGAGAUGAUGUUUAUGCUUUGCCUUGAUUUGCUGCCAAGUCUGUUUUACGCUGCUGGUGUUGCAGCUAACUGAACACAGAUCAGACAAGUGAUUAGUCUAUUGGUAUUUGUCACAGAUAAUAUUAAUUCAGGAAAAUUAAUUUCACUUUGAUUUGGUCAAAAACUAAAAUAAUUUCAACAAUUCCUUCGUGAUGGGACAGUGUCAGGCCUAAAUAAACUUCUUGAGUAUCAAGUUUAAAGUUUUAAGAGCUCUACAAUUUGCAGCUGUCAGAAAUAAAUGGGAGGCAUUGAAAGUGCAUUGAGUCAAUCAGCAAUUUUCUGCCAGCAUUCCUCUUUUGCAGAAGCAGCAAUGUUGCUUUUUGCUGUAAUAGGUUUUAUAUUCUUCAUAGCUCUCCAUUAUAACGACCUUUUACUCUUGACUGAAGUAGGCGGCAUGCGAUCGGUCCUUUUUGUGUGGAAGAAGAGUCAAACGCCCCCUUUUAUGGGCACAGAGCCUGAUGAAGAAAACCUGGGUUAAUAAAAAAGUUGAUAACCACCGUAGUGAUUCCCAUUAUCUCUGAUUGGGGUUUAGGUUUUGUUGAGCCAGCUAAGGCAAAGAAAGCCUGGUUAUAUCGAACGUGCUUCGUAGUACACCCCUUCGAUGUCUCACUAACUAAUUGCAACUACAACACUCAACAAUGAGAACAGUAAAAGAGUGUCAGAUGAGUAUUUUCAUUGUUUCACAGUUUUUAUUAUCUGACUCAAUAUUUGAAACAUUUUAACCAAGCGAGGUGCAUUUUUUUUCAGUCUGACAGAUCAGAUUCAUCACACAGAUCCAGUAUUCAGCUGCUUUUUUUCUCAGUCAGGUCUGACCGUUUAAGGCCUAAAAGCACUGAAUGAAUCUUUCCACUUCACUGUGAAUAAAAACAUACAGUCUUCCAGUAACAUUAGCUGCUCCAAAAGUUGUGAAACAGUUUUGCAUGAGAGACUUAUGCCUUUUUGCAAUUUUAUAAUAAGUAACAUAGCUGGUACUGUUGUAUUUCUAAGACAGAAGACAUUCCACUGCUACAUGUCUUAAGAGUUGGUUCAGUUGAAAUUCUUCCCGUGGAAGAGAGAAACAGAAAUGUCUGUGUCCCUUUUUAAAAUUUUAUUGCCAGAGCUGUCUGUGUGUGUGUGAAAGAGAGAGCAAGAGAGUGUGUAAGUUAAAAAGAGAAUCAAAAUGAACCAUUUAUGUGUCCCUUGAAUGCAUUAUAAAAUCUUUAUGCUCCUUUUCUCAAAAUGAGUUCCUUUAUGAAUUAAAUGUUUUCAAAAUGACACCAUUUAACAUCACAAAGGUACUAUAAAACUGAUAUUUGAAUUAAUUAAUUAAAGCAAUUACAUUCAAAUCAAUUAGACACCUGCUGCUGUGAGAAUUGUAUAUCAGUUGAUUUUAACAUUUGAUUUUUAUAUAAUAUUUUUAAGUAACUUUAAAGCUGUUGUAUACAUAUUUUUCUAGUCAAGCUUAAAAAUGAAUAAAUUGGAAAAAUAUGAGAAUUAAUA